ACGGGCUAUCUUUAUUUAGCAAUAUUCCGGGAAGCCGCACGAGGACGAUGGAGCCAGAUUUGAUUCAGAAUUCCCAAGUUCACCACAACAAUAUUGAGGAAUUCGGACCAAAGUUUAAAAAAUUGAGAAUUACAGAUAAUGUUCGAGAGCUACAAACUGUUUUGCGUGACAAAUCAACUUCAAGAGGCGAUUUCAUAUUUUUUGCGGAUCGCUUGAUUCGCCUUGUAGUUGAGGAGGGCCUGAACCAGCUUCCAUACAGAACCAGCAAAGUGACCACUCCCACUGGUCAGGUAUAUGAUGGGUUGCGUUAUGAGAAGGGUAACUGUGGGGUCAGCAUCAUGAGGAGUGGAGAAGCCAUGGAGCAGGGUCUACGAGACUGUUGUAGGUCGAUACGAAUCGGAAAAAUCCUGAUACAGAGCGACGAAGACACGCACGAAGCCAAGAUCGUGUAUGCCAAGCUUCCCCCAGAUAUAGCGGACCGCAAGGUGCUUCUGAUGUACCCAAUUAUGAGCACUGGAAACACGGUGGUAAAGGCCUGUACAAUAUUAAAGGAUCACAAAGUACGGGAGGAAAACAUCAUCUUACUGAAUCUCUUCACAACUCCACAAGCUGUUCACCUGGUUCUGAACAAGUUCCCAGAAGUGACCAUUCUGACGUCGGAGGUCCAUCCUGUCGCCCCCAAUCACUUCGGACAGAAGUACUUUGGUACAGAGUAAGGUGGACCAGAAUAGCCGUGGAUAUCAUGUGUGGUAGUAAAGCCAGGUGUAGUUAUGUUGUGUGAUGGGAAAUGUAGAGCAAAAGAUUGUGUGCGGUUGCUCAAAGAUUUUUGUGUGUAUGGGUCUAUAUUUUUUUUUUGUUGCAUUAUUUUUUUAAUGUGUCUAUGCUGCCUUUAUAGAUCUCAGGAAUGUGACAUUUCUUUCACAUAAGGUUAAAGGAUUCUGUUUCAUUAGGUUUAAGGAGCGAUACAUACAUCCAGUACUGUAUUACUUCAUGAAAUUGACGGCAUUUUUCAUUUGACAAGUGAACUUUGUAUGAAUUUUUUUUAUUGUGAUAUUAGGAUAAUAUUCAAUGCUAAUUGUAUCGUACCUGUCUUUAUUGUUUUUUUUUUUAAAAUGGAUCAGAAAUUGAAUGUUGUAUCUUGUAUCAAGAGGACCUUUAUAAUAUAAUAGUGUUCAGAAUCUCUUUGAUAUAUAUUAAAUGACUGUUCAGAUAUAUACAUGUAGUAACCAUGCUUUGAGGACACUGAUUGGAUGUAAAGGUGUGGUACCCAUGGCAACUUCUUGUUGUCUAUUGUCAAGUUCUGUCAUAACCGAUAUGGCUCUGAACAUUUAUUAUGGUAUUUAUUUCACAGUUCUGUGGAAUCUUACGAAUUCUUGGAAAAUAAAAUGGCUACUUCUCCCAUACAGAUUACAUUCUGCACUUUUUAUAAUAUUUAUGUAAAAUGUUAUGAAAGAGAAGCCAGUCAUAGUAAUUAUGCCUGCAUAAAGUCGUAAAUGUUGAACAGUAUAUAAAAGUAUCUCAGAUAUAAAACAAAGUAUCUCUCAAGGUCUUUUGUAGUUAUCGUUUACAAGAGCUUACUAAAGUGUAUUAGUUGGAUUAUUUGUUCAUGCAAUUUUCUAUUUGUACUAACUUAAAGACAAAUUAUGUGAAUAAGUGCUAUGUAGUUUUCAAAAUAGAUUUAUGGCUAUUUAGAAUCCAUCGCCAUUCAUCUUCUGCAGCGUGGAGAUGCUUAUAAUUGAGUUACAGAUUACUGUAUAUCAUGUACAUUUUAAUAACAUGACACCUUAUUGAUUAUAAAAUGUGUACAUUGAUUGGUGUCAAUCAUAUUUAGUAAAACUGUGUGAUGGAGUGUGUAUAUAUAUAGGGAGUGCCUGUGAAUGAAUGUCAAACUAUGAUUAAAUGUGCCUCUGUUGUUGAUCAGAAUAAAGUAAUUCUCUUCAUCUCUA